UGGACGAUAUGGCGACGAUACGCUCGCGAGCGCGCCAGUUUUCCGUCUGCUCCGGGCGCCUAUAAGAGACACGCGACAUUGGCGUGCCGGCAGACGUCCUGUGGACGAGCAACAGCCAGCCAGUGCAGCGACUGCAUCCUUGGACGAGCGCGCUGAUAUGAAGGUGCUGUGGGGUCUGGUGGGUUUGGUGGCCUGCGCCGCGGCGUACCCGCAGCCGCAGACCCAGGGGUUCGGUCCUGCGUCGGGAAGCCUUUCCCUGCUGUUUACCACGGAGCCGCCGGUGGACCCGGCGCUGCCGCUGCCGCCGCCGCACAUAAAACCGUUCGGCAACCCCACCGGGUUUACCAGCACGGCGUUCACGGCCGAGGAGCGGGAGGCUGAGAAGGCGCGUCGGCAGGGGACCACCGUCACCACGGCGGCCCCGUACUCCGGGUCAGUCUCGGACCAGCCUGCGGCCCCAGACUCUGGGUCAAUCCCGGAGCAGCCUGCGGCCCCAGACUCUGGGUCAAUCCCGGAGCAGCCUGCGGCCCCAGACUCUGGGUCAAUCCCGGAGCAGCCGGCUCCUCUGAACUCCGGGUCAAUUCCGGACCAGCCUGCGGCCCCGGACUCCGGGCCAUUCCCGGACCAGCCUGCGGCCCCGGACUCUGGGUCAGUCCCGCAGCAACCGGCUCCUUUGGAAUCCGAGUCAAUUCCGGACCAGCCGGUGAUUCUGGACUUCGGGUCAGUUCCGGUCCAGCCUGCGGCCCCAGACCUUGGAUCGAUUCGGGACCAGCCGUCGGCCCCGGACUCCGGGCCAGUCCUGGACCAGUCGUCGGCCCCGGACUCCGGGUCAAGUCCGGACCAGCCUGCGGCCCUGGACUCUGGGCCAGUUCCGGACCAGCCGGUGAUUCUGGACUUCGGUUCAGUCCCGGCCCAGCCUGCGGUCCCGGACUCUGGGUCAGUUCCGGACCAGGCGGCACCCCUGAUCCCGGAGCGGGGGCCGGAGCCGGAGGUGCCCACGGGGCCGGGUCAGGUCGACACCGUGCCGGCUCUCAGUGGGUACGACACGGCUGGAUCGCCGACUCCAGGACAGAGCGCUGAACUGCCGACCCCAGCUGUGCUACAGCCUUCCAUAGGUGAGCCGGAGCCCAUCGCGGGCGGAGCCGGCAGUGGAGCGCCCGCACCAGGUGAACCCGAAACGGCUACAGGUGAACGGGCGCCCUCAACAGAUGGACUGGUACCCACUCCUACUCAGACCAACAAUGGGGCACCCGCUGCAGCUGAACCAAGCUAUGAACCGACCAUUACCACCGAACCAAGCUUUGAACGGACAGUCACAACCGAGCCAAACUAUCAGCAGGACAUUGUUGCUGAUCCAGAGCUUGACACCGCUGCGUCGCAAUUCGUUAACGCUAAACCGAAUCUCCCCAAUCCUGAUCCUGAAAUUAUAUACGCGCAGAAAAUCCCGGCGACGUCUACAGAAGUGGGACCCGUCUAUGAAGUGUCAACUGAAUCUUUGCCCACCAACGGGCCAUCCACUGACGGAUAUUUGAACACUUUUCAAACAUCUACCGAAGCUGAGCCCAGCUACGAACCCUCCACCACAGUUCAAACAGAGCUCUCUUCAACUGAACCUCAGCCCAUUUUUACUGAUACAGCAUCCACUCUCCCGGUAUCGGACUACGAUAUAACCACUACGGCAGGCCAGGAAUCCACUACGGUUGGCGGAGAGUCUACUACGGCAGGCCAGGAAUCUACUACGGUUGUCCCGGCAUUCACCACUGAAGAGGAGCCGAUCUACGGAUCAACCGCCGUACCAGAGUCAGAGCCGAGUGUUCAAACCCCGACCACUGGCAGUCCGACGCCCACCUCAGCCGAACCAUCUUCUGAAAAGGUGCUCAAGGGCCUGCCAAAGGCAAGAAAGCCUUCCUUCACUCUACCAUGGAACUUCUAAUCCAUGAAAACCAUUCACAUUCCUAUGGAGAGUGAAAGCAGUUUGGCUGGAAAUGCUCACGAGGCAUUGUGAUGUAUCUAGGUGUCGCGAAUUAUUCAUCACAUGUUGUCCUUGCAUCGUCACACCCAUAAUUCAUCAACUGCUGUUAGUGGUUAGUGAGCUUGUAUGCCAGCACAAGGCUGUGUGCAUGGUGUGCGCGUUGUAGUUGUGCUUUCUUUUCUUUUGGUGCUGAUUUUUCUUGUUACAUGAGAGAUCGCUAAGAAAUAAGAAUGUCGGUGCGAUAAUUUCGGUGCGUUAUUAGUAGCGGACUUGUACGCAUUGACCGACGAAUUCUCUUUUUGUGCUUAUAUAGGUAGUUACAGUGAUAUUGAUAGAUAUAUUCGCUUUGUUAUGUGAGGCGCGCUUUGUAAAUAAAUACC